UCACACAGUGUUACUUAACCUCGACAGCAAAUCUCUUCUCAAGUUUCGAACAUGAUGUUGUCGCCAUAUAAAUCCAAGUGCAUCAUAAUUUUUGGAUUUUCUAUAGCCAGAGCGGCAGUUGCACACGCCUUGUGAUUGUCAAUGGCGUGUUCUACUUAUGCACAGCCUGCUGGUUAUACAGAAGUCGAUGUGUCGCCUCACAGAAUACUUACCUCUUGUAACGAUUCCAUCACCGGUCCCAAAUGACUAUCUGCACCUAAUUCGUCCUCUGUUGGACAGGAGAUGGGUUUUUGGGAAACUAGAAACCUACCGUUCCUAUGGUUACUUCGGCAAAACUGUUUCAGAUGGUCUCUCGGAUAACAGUGGCCAGAUGAUUGUAUUUAGGCAGGAUUCAAUUAUUGCCACCACGUGCGACUGAUCGGAGAUGGUAUAAUGAUUCACCGCUUAUCGAGUUGUCCAUCGUAACAACAGGAAAGGGACCAGGAGAUGGAUCCAGAAAGGGCUGUGAAUCUAUCAACGAAGCGAACGUAGCAAAUGCUAGGCUGUUCAACACUGAUCGAUGGCCGAGAAUUACCAAUCACGAGGAUCCAAAGUUAAGCUUAACUCAUGCUGUGCGAUUGUAUUUGAGAAUGAUCUGACGAGCUAGAGCAAGGUCGCUGCAUCAGGCGUGCGUGUUCAUGGGCGAAAUCGGUAUCGCCACAACCACGCGCACGAAAACGCGCAGGGAUUGGCUGCUCAUGAACACAAGCUCAAAGCACGUUGAACUUCAACGCAUAAUCAUUCGCAACUCAUCAAAACAUCAUAUCGCCGGCAGGUCUUCCUUGUGACCUCGGGUUGACACCGUCGCAGGCAAAGUGUACAGACGUGCUGGUUAUGGGAUUCUUAAAAACGUAGCCAUGACCGCGGCGAGUUUCGCCGCAUGGCUUGUAUUCCUCUGCCCAUAUCCACCAUGACGUACCAAAAAUCCGUCGACGUCGCCAAUGUUGAGGAGCUCUACGAUGAGGAGUUCCCAGAAGCUCUUCGAGGCAAACGAGUCGCAGUUUUUAGUGAGUCCCUCGGCCCCAUCAACGGGGUCAGUAGGACGACCACACAAAUCAUUCGCUAUCUCCAGGCAAAUGGAAUGGAACUGAAGCUCAUCGCCCCUCACUAUUCUGGGGAGUCUAAACGACCAGCUCUCGCCAUAGGACCUGUGCGUCGACUGGGUGGUAUGCCGCUUCCGUACAGCCCAGAGUUGUCCGUUGCUUAUCCUUUUCGUUUCGACCGUGUGUGCGGCCAAUUCAAACCAGACAUUGUGUAUCUUGCAAGCCCAGCAUCCGUCGGUUUUCAGGCUAUGCUUCAACUUCGAUGUCUUGCAAACCCCCCACCGGUCAUCGGCAACUUCCAGACAGAUCUUUCUGCAUAUUCGGAUAUCCUCUUUCCAUCGCCCAUGGAUAGCUACGCUGUUUGGUUGUUGCGGCUGGUGGAGGGAUAUCUCUAUAGCCAUGAGUCAGUAAAGGCCAUUUUCUACCCGUCAAAUCCAGUAGCCGAAUACAUGGCCGAGGCUGGGGUGCAAAGAAAUAAAAUGGUCCAUCUCGGUCGUGGUGUCGAUACGGAACUCUUCACUCCGAGACGACGUGAUGAGGGCUAUCGAAGAGAACUUGCCCCAAGUGGCGAAAUCAUUCUGGUCUGCGUGGGACGUCUUGCGCCGGAGAAGGGAUUUGGUUAUCUGGCUAAAGUUGCUCAACGACUUGCACAACUACAAGUUCCUUUCAAGUUGGUAAUCACAGGCGGCAACAGGAACCCGGCAGUGGAGGAAGAAGUUCGUGGUUUCUUCGCACCAAUUAGAGAUCGAGUAGUGUUCACUGGUUUCCUCGAAGGUGCUGCCCUAGCCCGGAUCUACGCCUCUGCCGAUAUUUUUCUGCACUGCUCAGUUACGGAAACCUUUGGGCUUGUUGUGCUCGAAGCCAUGGCUUGCGGUGUCCCUGUGAUUGCUCGUGAUGCAGGAGGCCCUUCAGAAAUUGUCCGCAACGGCAUCAGCGGCUAUUUGGUUGAUCAAGACGAUCUUGAGUUGUUUGUUGAGAAGACGGUUUACCUGAUUACAAAUACAGAAAGCCGCCAACGCAUGUCAAAAGCCUCACGGGCGAUUGCCGAAAAAACAACUUGGAAGCGUAUCAACAACCGCGUUGCCUGGCAGAUUUUGCAAACCUUGCAGGAACAAGAGGCUGCCUCAAACUUGUAUGACCGGUCGUACUCAAGGCAGUCGCUCGCUUGGUGUCGUGCUCUUGUCGGCACAAUCUAUGUCGAGCUGAAGAUCAAUCUUGCCAUGCUCCUCAUCAACCUAUUCUGGAUCAUCGCAGUAAUUCCUCUGCUGAUUCAUGGCAAUCUCGCAUUCCCACGUAACAGACAAACCAGCGGCGCACAGGUCUUUCCUGCUCUUCCACCCACUGUCACAAGGCCAACCACAAAACGGGCAACGCCGUGAACUAUAACUCUUUGUAGUACGACUGCAUGACUGAAGCAUCUGCAAAUGCACCACGGCUCUUUUCUCAACAUUUCAUUUUUAUGGCUCAGGGGGUGAUUUUACCCGUAUAAAUGACUUGAUAGGGAAGAGAAUUUGGGACUAUGCGAUGCCUGGGAUGAUAGUUCAUGUGGACGACCCAAGAUACCCCAAUUUCAUGAUCUUUUUAUUCCUUUCUAGUGCAGGCUAAUCGAUUCCAUUUGGUUGCUUUCUUUUAAUUAUCGCAGAAAAUUUAGUUAUCAGAUAUGAUAUACGGAGAAAUUCCCUUUGGUAUCUAUGGACUGAUUCUGACGCUUUUUAAAAUUAAGAAUAACUUGACUAGA